CCGAUGAAUGGAGUCGCCUUCUGCCUGGUCGGGAUCCCGCCUCGCCCGGAGCCCCGGCCCCCCAAGCUGCCCCUGGGCCCAAGAGAUGGGUGCUCUCCCGCUCGCCCCCUCCCUUGGCAGGGCCCACGGACACUGCUCCUGCACAAAAGCCUCCAGGAUGGCUUCGGCUUCACCCUGCGCCACUUCAUCGUGUACCCGCCCGAGUCCGCCGUGCACUGCAGCCUGAAGGAAGAAGAGGAUGGAGGCCGAGGAGGAGGACCCUCCCCCCGGCACCGCCUGGAGCCCAUGGACACCAUCUUUGUCAAGCAUGUGAAGGGUGAUGGCCCAGCCCAUAGGGCGGGCCUUCGCACAGGAGACCGGCUGGUGAAGGUGAAUGGGGAAAGCGUCAUUGGGAAGACCUACUCCCAGGUCAUAGCUCUGAUCCAGAAUAGCGAUGACACUCUGGAACUCUCCAUCAUGCCCAAGGACGAGGACAUCCUCCAGCUGGCCUACUCCCAGGACGCCUACCUGAAGGGGAACGAGCCGUAUUCUGGAGAGGCCCGGAGCAUCCCCGAGCCGCCCCCGAUCUGCUACCCCCGAAAGACCUACGCCCCGCCAGCCCGGGUCUCCACCUGGGCCACUAUGGUUCCUGAGCCGCUCUCAGCACUGCCCGGUGACCCCCGGAGUCCUGCUGCCUGGAGUGACCCGGGGCCCCGCAUCCCAUCUACUGCCCGCUCCCAUCCGGACCACCCUUCCUUGGGGAUGAGCCAGCCCCGCCCCAGCCCUGGUGCCUUCCCCCGCCUCCCCCCAGAGCCCCGGACGCCUCGUGCCUUCCCGGAGCCUGGCAGCCGGGCGCCCCCCAGCAGACUGGAGUGCCAGCAGGCCUUGUCACACUGGUUGUCGAACCAGGUACCCCGCAGGGCGGGGGAGAGACGGUGCCCCGCCAUGCCCCCCCGGGCCCGCAGUGCCUCCCAGGACCGACUAGAGGAGGUGACUGCCCAUCGCCCUUGGCCCUGCUCCACCUCCCAGGGUGCCUUGAGCCAGCUGGGCCAGGAGGGCUGGCACCGAGCGCGCUCAGACGACUACCUGAGCCGGGCCACCCGCUCUGCCGAGGCGCUGGGGCCAGGAGCGCUGGUGUCACCCCGCUUUGAGCGCUGCGGCUGGGCUUCCCAGCGUUCCUCUGCCCGCACCCCUGCCUGCGCACCCAGGGACCUGCCCGGGCCCCAGGCACCAGCUCCGCCUGGCCUGCAGGGCCUGGAUGACCUCGGGUACAUCGGGUACCGGAGCUACAGCCCAUCAUUCCAGCGCCGGACUGGCCUCCUGCAGGCGCUCUCCUUCCGGGACUCCCCCUUUGGGGGGCUACCCACCUUCAACUUGGCCCAGUCCCCCGCACCGUUCCCACCAGAGGCCUCUGAACCACCAAGAGUUGUCCGACCAGAACCCAGCACCCGGGCCCCGGAGCCUCCCGCCGAGGAUCGCCGUGAUGAAGUGAUCCUGAGGCAGAAGCCCCCCACGGGCCGCAAGGUCCAGCUGCCCCCCGCAAGACAGAUGAACAUUGGGUUUGGUGAUGAGUCCCCAGAGCCAGAGGCCAGUGGGCGAGGGGAACGCCCGGCCAGGAAGGUGGCCCCUUUGGCCACUACUGAAGACUCUCUGGCUUCCAUUCCCUUCAUCGACGAGCCCACCAGCCCCAGCAUUGACCUCCAAGCCAAGCACGUCCCUGCUUCUGCUGUGGUCUCCAGCGCCAUGAACUCCGCCCCUGUCCUGGGCACCAGCCCAUCCUCCCCAACCUUCACCUUUGCCCUGGGCCGCCAUUACUCCCAGGACUGCAGCAGCAUCAAGGCCGGCCGCCGUUCUUCCUACUUGUUGGCCAUUACCACCGAGCGCUCCAAGUCCUGCGACGACGGGCUCAACACCUUUCGGGAUGAGGGCCGGGCUCUGCGGCGCCUGCCGAACCGCGUGCCCAGCCUGCGGAUGCUUCGAAGCUUCUUCACUGAUGGGUCCUUGGAUAGCUGGGGCACUUCUGAAGAUGCUGACGCUCCUUCCAAGCGACACUCAACCUCUGACCUCUCGGAUGCGACCUUUAGUGACAUCAGGAGAGAAGGCUGGUUGUAUUAUAAGCAGGUCCUCACCAAGAAAGGGAAGGUAAGAUGGCUGGAGGAAGCCGCUGCGGGGGACUGCGGGCAGGAGGCCGCCGCAGGUGCCGGCGGGAGUGGCGCAGAGCAGGGGCUCCCGGAGGGCAGUGGGGUGGAGGGCCCACCGCUGUCCACUGCAGCUCCUAGGGCCCCCUCGGGCUCCGGGGGCGGGGAGGGCAGGCGCAGCCUCUCACCCCGGCUCAUCGGCUCCUGCCUGGUGGACAUCUCCUACAGCGAGACCAAGAGGAGGCACGUGUUCCGGCUGACCACCGCUGACUUCUGUGAAUAUCUCUUUCAGGCUGAGGACCGGGAUGACAUGCUGGGCUGGAUCAGAGCGAUCCGAGAGAACAGCAGGGCCGAGGGCGAGGACCCCGGCUGUGCCAACCAAGCUCUGAUCAGCAAGAAGCUUAAUGAUUAUCGCAAAGUGAGCCAUAGCUCUGGGCCCAAAGCUGAUUCUUCCCCCAAAGGCUCUCGUGGCCUGGGGGGACUCAAGUCUGAGUUCCUCAAACAGAGUACGGCACGUGGCUUCAGAACUCAGGACCAGCCUGCAGGGAGCAAGGAUGACAGUGUCUCCACCUCCAAAACCCCCUGGGGCAUCAACAUCAUCAAGAAGAACAAGAAGGCAGCCCCCAGGGCCUUUGGGGUCCGGCUGGAGGAGUGCCAGCCAGCCACGGAGAACCAGCGUGUCCCCUUGAUUGUGGCCGCAUGCUGUCGAAUCGUGGAGGCACGGGGGCUGGAGUCCACGGGCAUUUACCGAGUCCCAGGCAACAAUGCAGUGGUGUCCAGCCUGCAGGAACAGCUCAACCGUGGCCCUGGGGACAUCAACCUACAGGAUGAGCGCUGGCAAGACCUCAACGUGAUCAGCAGCCUGCUCAAGUCCUUCUUUCGAAAGCUACCUGAGCCUCUUUUCACCGAUGACAAAUACAACGACUUCAUCGAGGCCAAUCGCAUUGAAGACUCGAGGGAGCGCUUGAAGACGCUGCGGAAGCUGAUCCGGGAUCUCCCAGGACACUACUAUGAAACACUCAAAUUCCUCGUGAGUCAUCUGAAGACCAUUGCCGACCACUCGGAGAAAAACAAGAUGGAGCCCCGAAACUUAGCCCUGGUCUUCGGGCCAACGCUGGUGAGGACGUCUGAGGACAACAUGGCAGACAUGGUGACCCACAUGCCUGACCGCUACAAGAUUGUAGAGACGUUGAUCCAGCACUCAGACUGGUUCUUCAGCGACAGCGAGGACAAGGGAGAGAGAACCCCUGUGGAUGACAAGGAGCCUCAGUCAGUGCCAAACAUCGAGUACCUCCUGCCUAACAUUGGCAGGACCGUGCCGCCUGGAGAGCCGGGCUCAGAUUCCACCACCUGUAGUUCAGCCAAGUCUAAGGGCUCAUGGGCCCCCAAGAAGGAGCCGUACACCCGGGAGAUGCUGGCGAUCUCCUUCAUCUCGGCGGUCAACCGCAAGCGGAAGAAGCGGCGGGAGGCGCGGGGACUGGGCAGCAGCACAGACGACGACUCGGAGCAGGAAGCGCACAAGCCUGAGGCGGGGGCACCGGCGCCGGGGGCCCAGGACCGGCCGGAGGGGCAGCGGCCGGGAGCCGCAGCCCCCGAGGCCCCCGGACGCCUCAGCCCCCAGGCGGCGCCGGAGGAGCGGCCGGCCGCGGACACGCGCUCCAUCGUCUCGGGCUACUCCACCCUGUCCACCAUGGACCGCAGCGUGUGCUUCGGCACCGCCGAUGACAUGCUGGCCGUGCGGCUGCGGCGGCCGCUGUCCCCCGAGACGCGGCGGCGCCGGAGCAGCUGGCGCCGCCACACAGUGGUGGUGCAGAGCCCGCUGACCGACCUCAACUUCAACGAGUGGAAGGAGCUGGGAGGCGGGGGUCCCCCGGAGGCCGCGGGCCCGCGGGCGCACAGCGACAACAAGGACUCGGGCCUCAGCAGCCUGGAGUCCACCAAGGCGCGGGCCCCGUCGACAGCCGCCUCUCUGCCGCCCGCGCCCGGGGACCCGGGAGCGCCGCAGAGCCAGCCCCCGCGCCGCUCAGCCGCCUCCCGCCUCCAUCAGUGUCUGUGA